AUGUUCCCCUCCCCGAUUUGGCUCUUUCUGUGUAACAUCACUACAGUCAUGGAGCUGGAGCACUUUGACGAGCGGGAGAAAGCCCAGAGAAACACCCGCAGAGGCUCCAGGAACAACGGGCUGCCGAGCCCCACGCACAGUGCCCACUGUAGUCUGUACAGGACCCGAACACUGCAGUCCCUGGCCUCGGAGAAGAAGGCCAAGAAGGUCCGCUUUUAUCGCAACGGAGACCGCUACUUCAAAGGGAUUGUCUACGCUAUUUCCCAGGACAGGUUCCGGUCUAUAGAAGCCCUGUUGGCCGAUCUGACCCGCUCCCUGUCAGAUAAUGUGAACCUUCCCCAGGGGGUCCGGACCAUCUACUCUAUCGAUGGGACCAAGAGAAUAUCCGGCAUGGAGCAGCUGGAGGAAGGUAAGCCAAACCUUAACCCUACCCUAAGGGUUGGGAUGAGACAGUAUUGAGCAGCUAACCCUAAGGGAUGGGAUGGGACAGUAUUGAGCAGCUAACCCUAAGGGAUGGGACAGUAGAAGUCUGAGAACAAAAUAAGUUGUGAAUUUGUCUAGGUUUCCCACUGUACAAUGAGUGACCUGCUCCAGUAGGCCUAUAUAGUAGGCCGAUAGGCUAGUAUAUUUCCAGUAGGUCUGUAAAAUCUAUAAUCUAAAUCUCAUAGCUGUGUCAUUCUGUAGUGCAUGCAGUGAGGUCAGUCCAUGGUUGCUGUGACCAUGUAGGCCUAUCUCUGUGUGUUGCCUACCUGCAGGAGAGAGCUAUGUGUGUGGCUCCAUAGAGCCAUACAAGAAGCUGGACUACACUAAGAAUGUCAACCCCAACUGGUCAGUUGGAGUGAAGACAGCUGCGGCUGCCUCUGUGCGUGGCCCCCCCUCCCUGGGCAGUGCCAAGGCUGGGGCCCCGGACACCAGGGAGAGUAAGGACUUCAUCCGGCCCAAACUGGUCACCAUCGUCCGGAGCGGGGUGAAGCCUCGUAAGGCCGUCCGCAUCCUCCUCAACAAGAAGACGGCCCACUCCUUCGUACAGGUCCUCUCUGACAUCACAGACGCCAUCAAGCUGGACUCUGGGGUCGUCAAGAGACUGUACACCUUGGACGGGAAACUGGUAGGUUAUGAAAUAUGGUUAUAUUAG